AUGGAAGACAGUAAAGAUAACCAAGAAGAAUAUUUUACGCCGAAGGGUGAUGGGGACGGUGUCAAAAAAACGACACCGAGGAAAAGGUUCCCAGUUCCUUCUGCGAGAAAAUUCAACGUGAAGGCACCACGUGAUGAAAACAUGAAAGCAAAACUUGAGCAAGCACUCGAAGAGAUGGGCAAAGUCAAAAAACACAAUUGUCUCGCCAAGGCACAAACUGUAGCGGAGAUUACGCCGACCAAGUCCAAACGAAAGAAAACACAAUUCCUCAAGUUGAGUUUCGAUGGCGACAUACCGGAUCUCCACACCACCCUGCAAGUGGCGCUACACGCAACGCCGAGACCCUUGGACGGGACGCCAGCUUUGGCGUCUCAGGCACAACGACGGCGCUGCACAAGAGACUGGGCGGUGUGUACAGUGUAUCAGCGACUGUUAUUGUUUGUCUGGCGCCGUACCAAAGCGCGCCUACAGACGCUUUCCGAGUCAAAUGGACGCCAACAGAACCAGAUUAGUCAACUGGAAUUACAAGUUGAUUUUCUAAAGAGCAUGAGAAAGUCAGAAUGUGAAAGGCGAAAUCAGGCUUUACAGGAAUGCCAUAAUAUGUCCCAGAAAGUUAGCGUCUUAGAAAUAACCAAUAAUAAUUUGAUGCAGGAAUUGAAAAUCAUUCAAGACGAUCUGGUAAAUACAAAGAAAAACUUAACUUUGACCAAACUCGAUCUGAUAAAGACUACAGACCAAUUAUCAAAAUCACAAGAACAACUUAUGAGGCGAAGGGAAGAAAAAAUGGAUUUGAUAUCAAAGUUAAAUUGUCAAGAACAGGAAGUAUCCAGUCAAAAUGAAAAGAUUGUCGAAUUGGAAGAAAAAUUCAAAAUUAUAGAGAAUAAUCUUCAUAAUAUGGAAUCAAAUUUCAAGAAUAAACAAGAAGAAUUAGAGGCAGUUCAAGAACAAUUCCAAUUGGAAGUAAAACUAAAUGAUACCUUAAAAGAUAAUAUGACAAGUUUAGAGAAUACAAAAAUUGAAUUAGAGCGCCGUGUUAAAACUUUGGAAAACGAAUUGAUGGUAUAUAUAGAUGGUAUAGAAAAUCUAGAAGACGAAAAUAUUACGAUAAAGGAAAAUCUUGCCGAGGUAACUUUGGAGUUGUUCGAGGAGAAGAAAAAGAAAUGGGUUAAAAUUACUAAAGAACUAACUUUAUUGUCUUUAUCUGCUCUACAAAAAAUCAUCGAAGUAAUGUUACCAGUUUAUCACAAAUAUUGA